UUUAAUUAGUAAUUAGGUAGAAUCCACAGCAAGUGUGAUUUAACAGAACCUCCAAAAAGAAGGGGUACGAGGGAAGUAAAAGAUGCCAAUUAGCAAAAAAGUUUCCAAAAGUUGAACGUCCGAAAUUGAUACUUCACUUCACUCUUUCCAAAGUCAAUAACCCACUCCCUCUUUUAUCUCCCUUUCUUUCUCCACAAUAUCAUCAUCGAAUCCUUCACUCUUCUCUUUUAUGAUUACCAAACCCAAAAGCAAAGAACAACUGAAAUAGAAAUGGAAAAGCAUCAGACAAAGCAGGGGAAAAGGAGGGCACAAAUAGGCCUAGUUGGCGGUGGUGGUCGCGGUGGUGCUGGUGCUGGUAAUAAUAUCGGAGGUAUUAUUCUAUGGGUUGGAGCCUUGGCUGUUGCAACUUCGGCAGCUGCUUUUGCUGCCCACAGAGGUAGAAGGAGAAGAAAAGAUGGUAAUGAUAAGAAAGAAAAAGAAGAAGCAAGUCAAGGGCUGAGUUUCGUCCUCCAAAACUCAUCUCCUAGUUUUUACUGUAAUCCAUGCUGCGCAAGCUAUGGAUCAAUGACAGAGUUGGUUGCUACACAGACUGAUUUUUGUGCGCUGGAUUCUACUAAUAACAGUUUGAUCUCGGAAGAAGAAAAUCCUGAUAAUCAGAAGAUCCUUCUCAUUGAUGAUUAUAAAGAGGAUGACGUUGAAUCGAGCGACAAUCGUAGCGGGAUCGAAGAAUUUUCUUUUCCAGUGAUUGACCAUCACUCCUCGCCUGAGCUGGAAAACAGGAUCAAGAAUGAUUUAGCAGAAGAUUUUCCCUUAAUGGAACUAAUUGAAGUGGUAAAAGAGGAGGGAACAAUGGAUGCUGCAAGGAUAAUAAAUACAGAGAGAACUUCAUUGAUGCAGUCAGUUUCAGUUGUUGAAGAAGAAAAUGACGAUAACGAUGAUGGUAAUGGUGAUGCUGGUGAAGGUGAGGACGAGGAAGUAGUCAAAGAGGUGUUGCCCUUGCUUGAAAUCGUCCGAGUUGAAGAAGAGGAAGAACCAGUAUAUGCUUUAAAGAUAUGUGCAGAUAAAACUUCAUCAAUGCAUUCAGUGGAAGAAGAAGAAGAAGAAGGUGAUAAAGAGAGAGUAGAAGAAUUUCCAUUGAUGGAAAGAACCGAAGUCUGGAAAGAGGAAGAAGCAAUAGAUGGCGAUGCAAAGAAAAGUGUAGAAAUCACUUCAUUAAUGCAUUCAGUUGGAGGUGAUAAAGAGGCUGUAGAAGAGUCGCCCUUGUUAGAAAGAAUCCAAGUCAGUAAAGUGGAAGAAGCAACCAAUGAUGCUUCAAAGAUAAGUACAGAUAUAAUUUCACCAAUUUUUUCAGCUGAAGAAGAAGAAGAAGAAGAUGAUGAAGAGAUUGUAGAAGAACCACUAAUGAAGGAACGAAUAGAGGCCUUGAAAGUGAAAGAAGCAUUUGAUGCUGCUAUAAAAAUAAGUGCAGAUUCAAAUUCAUUGCUGCAUUCAGCUGGAGAAGCAGAAGAGGAAGAAGAAGAUAACGACGAUGAUGAUGAGGAAGAGGGGGACAAUCAAGAAUAUAUAAUGGAAAAGGGCAAAGAAAAUUCAGAAGAAACAGGGAGCACUUCUGCUGGAUCCAGUGCUGAGGAAAUAUGGCCAGAAGAAUCAAUAGAGGCAUUAUCAUUAGAGCUCAAGAACACCCUGCAAUUCUCUGCUCCAAAGAUCGUGGAGGAAGAAGAAGAGCAAAUCACCAAAACUGAAGAGUGCUUCAACGACAGCAAAUCUAAGAACCUCAGCGACUGCAGAGAUGAGUACCAGACUACACAAACUCCAAUGUUUUUGAAGAAAGAAGAAACCCUGGAGCAUACAGUAAAUGAUCAACCAACGAUCUUAAUCAAAUGGAGAAUUUGGAUUAGGUACGUCUUAGUGCUGGCACUGAUGAUGGUGCUACUACUUGUAUUCACCCAUCCCAAUGCUUUUUAUAACCCGUCUUCUUAAUUUUUCCUUGUUUCCACGAAAUAUGGAAAAAACUGGAACAAUCGCUUGAGAAAUAUAAUAAAUCAUUAAAGUACAGUUGAGUUUC